AUGGAAACCUCUUUGCAGCUGCACAACGAUUUCUUCCCUCAGCAGCAGCAGCAGCAGCAGCUCCAGCACAGUAAGUACCAGCAGCAGCACUAUUGCAGGAGAGACGAUCGGCUCGGCCAACAACAGCAGCAGCAGCAGCAGCAGCAGCAGCGGCACGACCAGUGCUGCACCUGCAACUAUUGCACCUGUGACGCGAGGAAAAGCCUCGUUUUCCGCGGGACGUCGCCAACCACUGUGGGAACUUUGAGGACACCUUCGGAAACGUCUUCGAGGCAGGGUUGCCGCUACAGCGUCUGCGAGUUCACACCUUCUAGUCAUGGUAGUUCAUCCAGACAUCAUCCUCCUCCUCCACCACCACCACCUCCUCAUCAUCAUCAUCAUCCUCACCCUCAGCAGCAGCAGCAGCAGCAGCAGCGGGGCAGCAGCAGCCUGGGCAGCAGCAGCCUGCACAAAGACAGUAACUCCUACAAUGAAAUAGCCAUGAGCAGCUGCAGAUACAACGGCGGCGUCAUGCGGCCGCUGAGCAACUUGAGCGCGUCCCGCAGAAACAUACACGAGUUUGAUUCCGAGUCCCAGCCUUUGCAGCCCAUCUCCGCCGCAGAUGCGUCGGACACUCUAGCGUCCAAGCCGGAGAACAAUUCCAGCAGCCUGAUGCCUUACGCAUCGGGGGACGGAGCAGGGGGCUGUGGCCACAGCGGCGGCGGCGGUGGAGGAGGGGGAGGUGGUGGUGGCGGCAAAUCGGGUAAAAAGAAGAACCAGAACAUUGGGGAGAAGCUCGGGCACCGGAGGGCCUUGUUUGAGAAGAGGAAGCGGCUCAGCGACUAUGCUCUAAUCUUUGGGAUGUUUGGGAUCGUUGUUAUGGUUAUAGAGACUGAACUCUCAUGGGGAGCCUAUGGAAAGGAGUCCCUGUAUUCAUUAGCUCUAAAAUGCCUGAUAAGCCUUUCUACAAUCAUUCUCCUGGGGCUGAUCAUCAUAUACCACGCCAGAGAGAUACAGUUAUUUAUGGUGGACAACGCAGCUGAUGACUGGAGGAUAGCCAUGACAUAUGAGCGCAUCUUCUUCAUCUGCCUGGAGAUCCUGGUGUGCGCAAUCCACCCCAUCCCAGGGAACUACACCUUCACCUGGACCGCACGCCUGGCAUACUCCUAUGUGCCAUCAAAGACAGAUGCAGACGUGGACAUCAUCCUGUCUAUACCCAUGUUCCUGCGGCUGUACCUCAUCGCUCGUGUCAUGCUGCUGCACAGCAAGCUCUUCACGGACGCCUCCUCCCGCAGCAUCGGAGCACUCAACAAAAUUAACUUUAACACACGCUUUGUGAUGAAGACCCUCAUGACCAUCUGUCCCGGCACCGUGCUGCUGGUCUUCACCAUCUCGCUGUGGAUCAUUGCUGCAUGGACUGUGCGAGCUUGCGAGAGGUACCAUGACAACCAGGACAUAACCAGCAACUUUCUAGGAGCCAUGUGGUUGAUCUCAAUCACGUUUCUUACCAUUGGAUAUGGAGAUAUUGUUCCAAACACAUACUGCGGGAAAGGGGUCUGCCUCCUGACUGGCAUCAUGGGUGCUGGCUGCACGGCUUUGGUCGUAGCUGUGGUCGCAAAGAAACUGGAAUUAACCAAAGCUGAAAAACAUGUCCACAAUUUUAUGAUGGACACCCAGCUAACAAAAAGAGUGAAAAACACAGCUGCGAACGUUCUCAGGGAGACGUGGCUCAUUUACAAGAACACUAAACUGGUGAGGAAGAUGGACCACGCCAAAGUCAGGAAGCAUCAGAGGAAAUUUCUCCAAGCCAUUCACCAAAGCAGGACGUUCAUUUAUUGGAUUCUGAAUGGUCUUGUGUUCAGAUUGAGAAGUGUUAAAAUGGAGCAACGCAAGCUGAAUGACCAAGCAAACUCUCUAGUGGACCUUGCUAAGACUCAGAACAUCAUGUAUGACAUGAUUUCGGACUUGAAUGAGCGAGGCGAGGACAUGGAGAAGAGGAUCGCCUUGCUGGAGACAAAGCUUGAGACUCUACUAAGUAACUUGCAGGCUCUGCCAGGACUCAUUAGCCAGAUCAUCAGCCAGCAGCACAGGGACUUCCUGGAGGUGCAGCUCCAGCCUUAUGACAAACACAGUCCUGAGCGCUCACAGUCAGUGUCCCGGCGGAGGUCGUCCUCCACUGCACCACCCACCUCCUCUGAGAGCAGCUAGAGUCCAAGGGGAAUGCCUCCACUGAAGACUUUUGCCAUCAUAUGGCCAAGUUGCAUUUAUCGUAAAGCCUUAUGGUUUCAAUACGUAUUAUCCAAAUUCUGAUGACAGAAUCCAAGAUACUGGGGACAAUGCAUUUUAAAGGAUAACUUCAUGCUGUUAUUUGUUUUUUAUUACCUCAAAAGAUGUUGUUAUCCUUGCUCUGGUGACAAGACCUCAAAUAAUGGCGCUUCUCUCAGUAAAAACUUUAAGGCCUAUCGAUGGGGCUGUGAUAAGAACUCUUCUCCAUCUCUAUGCAGAGGUAGCCAGGUUUAGAUGGCAAGGUUAACCAGUGUGAAACUAUUGCACUAAAAUAGUGCUUCUCACAGACUUUGUGCUUCUGCAGGCUUGAUUCACUUUCAGUGUCCCUCAAAGCAAACUAAGAAACUGCUGAGAAAUCAGUCAGGGAUCAGUCAACAAUGGUGAGGAAAAAUGCUAUGAUUGAUGGCCUGGAGUGAACUGACAGCAGGCAGAAUUGAAGCAGGCACACUGUCACUCAGAGAUAACUUAAAAGGCUUGAAAGGAGCAGGAAAAAAAACAUAUAUCUUUUAGGUUAGAAACAGCAUCAACUAUAGCAGUUUUCGUUUUGCAGAGUGGCCCUGUAGAAUGACUAUUUUGGGGGUGACAAUGCAAAUAAUUUACUCCUCUAGUCAAAGUGAAUGCAUUAAAAUCUGUACUUGCACUUAAUUUUUAACCAAUGCACUUCAAUGCUGACUGACAUAUGAUAUAAAGAUGCGUUGUUCAUUAAAAGAAGAACAUUUGAGAUGUUUGGGCAUGGGUUUAUUCUUGUCAGUUCUCAAUAUGUGACUAACGUCAAUCAUUCAAGUCAAAGCCCUUCCUUCUCUGUUUUUCGUUUUGUUUACAAAAAAAGCAUUAACUUGGACCUGCAGAAAUCUGCAGAAAUGUACUGAGUGUUCAUAAAAUCUGUAAUCGCCCCCUUGACAUGCUGUGUCUCACCUCCUGUCCCCAUCCUCCCUGUGCUAUUUAUGCUCCCUUUCAUCCCAAGUGAGCAACAAGAAAUGCUGAACAACAACUUGCAGAGACCAUGUCUACCUUUUAAAAAGAAAAUGCCUAUUUUUGUAUAUUUUCAUGAGGACAAGCACACCUCCUACAAAGAAACAAACAACAAUGGAGAUGUAAGAAAUUACCUUUUCAGCAUGUCUAGCAUUUGGUUACAUAAUCCCUGGACUGGAGUUGAGAAACAUAAACACUCGUAAACUUUUCCCCUAACGCCAUCUUCGAAACAGAUUUUAAACUCUCACAAUCCCUCAGCUUGCAUUAAAGUUUUACAUAACAUGCUUUAAAUAACACCCUGGGCUGUGCUGGAAGGGGGUAGUUUUUUAUCAAUAUCAAAAAGCAAAGCAAUUUAUUUUAAUUAUAUAUUUAUUUAAAUCAUUCUAAUACAUUUUAUUUUACUUUUAAAAGCACUUGAAAGAUUUGUUUUUCCCAUAUCAACUGUGUGAGAAGCCCUGAUGUGGCCCUUAAUAACUCCUUUAGAAAUGAAGUUUCACCUUAUAAUACUGUAGUACAUCACGGGUCAAAGGAGAUCGGGUGGUCAAAUCUCAUCGGAUCAGCCACAACGCACCAACCUAAACACCGACCAAAGGGUCAACAAAAUCCAGAUGUUCAGUCCACAAACUUCUGCAACAUAGAAACUAAUGAGAGAUUAUACUGUAUGCGACUUAAACAAUAAACAAUUAAAUAAUAACAAAUA